AUUAUGCUGUACGAUCGCACAGUGUCAUGGUGAAGCAGCCAACGAUACCACCUAGCGAAUGUCAAUGACUGUGACCGGCUGUCAUGGACCGGUGAUUUUCCUCGGGCUUCCAACACUUCUGAUUCAUCCUGGAAGGUCACGAACGUUUGCCACUGAUCGCUCCAAUUCAAGCCUCCGUCGUGAAGAAAGUUUGCCAUUGUCCGAAAUUCAAUUCCCAUUUGUCUUCUGAAAAUGUAUCCCCGCAUAAGUGUCUUAAAUUUCUUGCCAAGUGUUCGUCUCUUGGUAUCCUGUUUUACCAUGAGCAAACGUACUGUUUCAAAGAUAGCUGUCGUGUAUUAGUAUAAAUGCAGCUACCCAAGGCAAGAUGUAGUCAAAUUCAUUCGAUAAGCCGCCAACAACUGGACUCCUCUGUCAAGUGUGCUCAACACCUGGUCUGCAAGUGUAUCAACAUGAAACAAUUUUUGACCGUUGUGCUAUUGCUGCUGAUCGUACUAUGCAGUAUGUUGAUGAGCGUUGAGUCAGCAAUUGGUGGCGAUCGAUUAGUUUUCCACGUACCAAUCAACUACAAAAACGUGCACAUGACAAAGACACGUGUGAAACCGGUCCAUCAUCGAACGUUCCAGAAGACGGACUACAAACUGUUAGGCUACAGCAUGGACAAACACGCCCAUGGAGCGAUGGAGCACAUGUCACCGAUGGAGUAUCUGGCAAAGAUGCAAAUUCUACGUGGAUGACUUUUGAGGAACACGUACAUUUAUCGGAUCAGUAGUGUUGGAAAAGAAGUUUUCCCUCUCAGCAGCAUUUUAAGUGAAAUUCCGUGAAUUCAUACACUAUUAAUAUCCUACCAACGCGGCUAAACAUCUUUUGUUAGCGGAACCUGCAUCAAUUUCUGAUCUGGAUUAGUACACAGAACGACACACAAAAUGUCAAUCUCUUGACGUGUAUGUCAACCACCAAAACUUUUCGGGAUUUGAUCGCGGGUCUGUCGAUUCGUUCAGCAGUCAGAGAACCUCUUCUAUUCCGCACGGCCACGGAACUAGUCCCUACGAGUAGAUGUUGAUUUCUCCUUUUAUUAUUGUUUCUAAUGAUACGGCUUUACUAUUUUUAACUGUUUUAUGAAGUAUAUGUUUUAAUUGCUUGUUGUUUGUAUGAUGUAAAAUAUAAUGCAUUAAGUGAUAAGUUGUUAUCUUUGUUAUUUUUUGUUUAAUAUUUGAUUUGCCUUUUUUAUCGAAAUAAACAAACUUAAUUAGACAAAAAGCACGAACAACAACGUCCUGCCUCUCAUGACAACAGUAGGAAAAUCACUCUGUUAAGGACGUUCACGGCCAAAGGUGAUUGUACUGGUAAGGUGUUAAAACACUUGCAACAAAAGCCAACAUACAUAUUUCCGGCUGAGCACCGGAAAUUAAUCGUAGUCCGGCAUGCGUGCCGCACAUACGCAUCAGUUCCAGAAAGCACCACAACCUGUAGUACGGGGCUCAUUCACCUUCCACGAUCAAUCGAACGAUCGUGCGUACGUGUGCCUGCAUGUACCUCUUUGAAAAUCAUUACUAAACGAUUAUGUUAUUUUAUUUUCAUAUGGUACACGUUAAUCCCCAUGUCCGC